UGCGCUGCAGCGGGCUGGAGCCAUUGAGAUUCUGAGGUGCUGUUUGCCAAAGCAUUUUACAAGAUAAAAUGGUCAGCGGCUCACAGAAGGAAUUUGUCAGAUGAGACUCUGAAGGCACGGAUACCACUUAGACCAUUUCAAAAGUCCACCUUUGGUGUAACAAAGCCCUCAACUAGGGUGAUGCCACUGAUGAUUAGAAGGGAAGACACAUUGAGAAAAGAAGACUUGAGAAGAUUUGCUAAGAAGAAAUUUUCCAACUUGCCUGUCUUCGUGGAAAAUUCCUCCUCAUGUCCUAAAAUCUUCCCAGUCAGAAGCUCUAGUUGAUAUGACAAAUAAUGAGCUGCCAUUUGCCCCACUGCAAACAUUUACAGAUGAGCAAAUAACGAUAAAGAACUCAGUUAAAAAAUUUGCACAGGAACAAAUUGCUCCUUUGGUUUCAACCAUGGAUGAAAAUUCGAAAAUGGAGAAAUCAAUAAUACAAGGAUUAUUUCAACAAGGGCUGAUGGGUAUUGAAAUUGACCCAAAAUAUGGAGGUACAGGAGCCUCGUUUUUCUCCUCUAUCCUAGUGAUAGAGGAAUUAGCCAAAGUGGAUGCAUCGGUGGCUCUCCUUUGUGACCUCCAAAACACUGUAAUUAACAAGAUGAUUGCAAAACAUGGAACAGAAGAACAGAAGGCCACCUAUUUACCCAUUCUGGCUUCAGAAAAAAUAGGAAGUUUCUGCCUUUCAGAGGCUGGAGCAGGUAGCGACUCAUUCUCUUUGAAGACAAGAGCUGAUAAAAAGGGAAAUUAUUAUGUCAUCAAUGGAUCCAAGAUGUGGAUUAGCAGUGCUACGUAUGCAGGUCUCUUCCUGGUGAUGGCGAAUGUAGACCCUAGCGCUGGCUAUAAAGGAAUUACCUGCUUCUUAGUAGAUCGUGAUACUGAAGGCCUUCAUGUAGGGAAAACGGAAAACAAACUGGGGAUUAGAGCUUCUUCCACAUGCCCGUUAACGUUUGAAGAUGUCAAGGUUCCAGAAACCAAUAUCUUGGGACAAAUUGGACAUGGCUAUAAGUAUGCCAUAGGGGCCCUCAACAAUGGUAGAAUAGGAAUUGCUGCACAGAUGCUGGGGCUGGCCCAAGGAUGUUUUGACUACACUAUUCCAUAUAUUAAAGAAAGGGCACAAUUUGGCAAAAGAGUAUUUGACUUCCAGGGGCUUCAACACCAAGUGGCUCUCGUGGCCACCCAGCUGGAAGCUGCGAGAUUGCUAACGUACAACGCUGCUAGGCUUGUAGAAGCUGGAAGGCCAUUCAUAAAGGAAGCAUCUAUGGCGAAAUACUAUGCAUCAGAGAUUGCAGGGCUAACAACUAGUAAAUGUAUCGAGUGGAUGGGAGGAGUAGGCUUCAUCAAAGAUUACCCUGUGGAAAAAUAUUUCCGAGAUGCAAAGAUUGGUGCAAUAUAUGAAGGAACUUCCAAUAUUCAGCUGAACACCAUCGCGAAGCUCAUCGAUAUGGAAUACUGACAUCCCUAGGAAUGGGACUUCAGGUGUCGCUGUUGUAAAAUUUUAAACUCUUGUGCCUUGUUGGAGAAGUAAAGCUCCAGAGCAUUGAAAUAUUUUAUUUAAGCCCUUAGUUGUGGUCUUGGGGACAGGCCUUUUAGAUUUUACUGUUUCAGUCUGCUUAACUUAGACACAGGAGAUCAUUUUUUUAAAUUUGGGAAGACAAGCACCCAUAUUUUCUCCAAAACUGGUUUUAAAGUUCUAUACAUAUUUAUAAUAUCACUCUAGUUUCAGAGAAUAGAGAAGUUUCACCUCAUCAGCAUUUGGGAAAAUAAAGACAUUCAAAGUACUGAAUUACUUAUAGAAAUAGUUAUUUUAUAUUCCUAUUAAAUCUUUAUCAUGUGGCAUCAGUCAGAGAAACAUUUGUUAUAGGAGGCAAUUUUUACUUAAUACUCUUUUCAAUUCUAAAUGGCUAGAUGAGUUUUUAAACUAAAUAAAAAUUUAUUUAGAAAAAUCUAAAAAUUCUAGUUUUAAAUAUGAGAAUGGGUGGAAAAUAAGCAUAUAACUGUGUAGGUCAUAUAAUUGAAGAAAACCUUAUUUUAACAAAGUAAAUAAAACAAUAUCAUUUGUUACUAUGAUUGAUCUUUAUAAAAGAUGCAGUCCAUGAUGGCUUCAGCAGGUCAUUUUAAAAAUAAGUCUCUACAUUAGUUUUCAAGUAUAAAGUUUAAUUUGUUUUAAUAAUCAGAAAAUGCUGUACUGUAUUGUAAUAAUCAUUCUAUUAUGUGCUAUUUUUCAAUAGUACAAUUUUUUUCUGUAUUUUAAUUGAAACAGUAUAUUUCCUCAAACUUGGUUAUUGACCUUUAUCCUGAAUAGUAAUUCAGAAAUUGGCUUUUGGUUCAGUUGUUGCCCAUAAGGAAGGGUAUCAGACUCUCACAAGGAAUGGGGGGAGAGUUGUAGAGUUUGAGGAAGCAUAUUUAUUCUCAUUUAUAUUUGGGAAGGCAAAAAUAAACCUAUUGUUUUACAAUACAAAUUAUAAAAUAGGCAAAGCUUAAUAAAAUGUAUAGUUGGCAAUGCCACCUCUUCAGUGUUAAAGAACAAGAGACCCCAUUGAGGGUACAGAUCCAGAGUCCCCUCAGGAGCAAGGCAGAUAACAGAGGAGUUUUUAUGUAUUCUGGACAGGGGCCAUGGGUUAGAGAUGAAAAAUGUCCCAAAGCUCCUUCAGUGGCUUAAAAUAAUCAUUGCUGUUAAGUGGGAAGCAUUUUAGUACUUUAAUGAAAGGAUGUUUAUUAAGAAAACCUGACAUUUUCAAAGUAAUUUUGCUUUGCUCACUCAUGUUUAUUGAAUUGGAUUAAUUUCCACAAUGCAAAUCAUAGUUAAACAUUCAAAAUUGCAUAAAUACAAUUGAGAUAGGAAUUACAUUAAAAUAUUAGGAAGAAAUAAGGACAAGUUUAGACCUUGAAUCCAAAGAGAUAAAGUCUACUUGACUUUCAAAUAGGGAGAUGAUGAAAACCCACUCAUUCAGUCUUUCAGAACAAAAAGACAGUAAUCUGAUAAGAAAAGUAGGGGACGGAUGAAAUGCCCUACAGGGGCCUUAGACAGCUUUAAUUUCGGUGAUUAUGUGAAAGAGGUGGUCUUUACAGAUGAUGAAGUGGAAGCUGACGCUAGUAGAAAGAAUCCCAACUUCUUCCUAUGGAAUUAUAAACAUGCAAAAGUACAAUAAACCUCGUGUUCAAAUUAGCAGUAUCAAAGAGCCUCCCACAUACAUCGGACCUUGAAUUAACAUUUAGAAUUGAUAAAAGUUUUAAUUUUGUGUACAUAUUUUGUGCAUGUUCACAAAGAACACUUAAAAUUAAUUAUAUUAUGUAUUAUAUUUGGUCAUUAAAUAUGAAAUGUCCGAUUUUGAAUCAAAA